CCCAUCUGCGCAUAGCAAUCACUUUUGCCUUCUGACGGUGUAGUAAUCAAUGAAAACUUUGAACUUUUAUUUCUUAUUGGGAGUUAUCCUAGUAUUGGCCAUUUCACGUCUAUUUAACCGGGGAAUUUGAUUCAAGAAUACAAAAUCUUAGAGUACAGACUACUUAGUGCUUCCAUCAUGUAAAUAUAACGUAUGGAUAUAGUUACUCGCCAUCUACUCGUACCAUAUCAAAACUUACAAUAUAAAAAUGACCAGUAAAUCAAGUAUUUCCAAUAAUAUCAUUGUUACCAGUUCUUCUGGUACAUCGCUCGAGGAGCAACGAAGGAGAUUUGAAAGUACUCAGCUAAAACUGCAAAUGCUAUCUCUGAAAACAGAGGAAAUUCAGAUCGAUGAUUAUAUAAAAAAGCUCGCGCUGGAUACUGCUUUUGUCACAAAUAGAACUGAUGUUAAACCAAAGCUUAGAGAAAGUUCAUUUGCAGACACUGAUGUUUCUCAGACUGGCAAUCAGCUGUAUCAUUGGGGUGCUGUUUCCAAUCAGUCUUCUGGGACAUUCUCGAGUGAACCAGUUGGUGAUAAUCAUUCACAUUUACUUGACUUGCCGGACGUUGGAUAUUUGAAUCCUGCCAGUUCUUUACCAGUCACACCCACAAAACCAUCUUGGUUGAUGAAUAUUUCCUCCCUUCCACCUAUCUAUGGCGAAGCUAUUCGUGCUGCUACAACAAAUCAUGGUCUUGAUAGUUCAGUGAUUUACGAAAUUUUUCGUUCAUCGAAUUUGAGUACGGAAGUACUAUAUCACAUUUGGUCUCUUACAAGCUGCACCCAACCUGGUUGGUUUACUCCAACUGAGUUAGUCACUGCAUUGGCUCUAAUCGGUCUGGCACAGCGUAGACAAUGGGAGGUACAUUCAGCUUCUAUCUCUGAGGCCAUUAGUAUUCAUUCAGUCUAUGAGCAAAUAUGCCCUCCUGUCCCUAUGAUAAAAAUCCCUAAUAACAGCAACAGACAGUCAAAUUCUACAGGUAUUGCUCUUGGAUCAAAAUCAAUUAGUCAAGCAACAGUUGGAAAUGACUUUCAGAACUCAGUUGUUUCAGAGUUUUCAAAAUUUCCUUUCCAACCUCCAGUUGUAGCAUUUUCCGCAUUUCCUCAGCAAUUGGAUAUUAGUAAUACAUCACAAAAUCAGUCAGUGCAAUCGGAUUCCAAGACAAAUUCUUUUAUGGAUUUCACCUCUUCAACAUCUCCAAUUGUAGAUGAUCCUGAAUGGUCCGACUUUACCUCCUUUAGCGCUUCCGUUGCGCCGCUUGAAAAGGAUACUUUGAUGAAUGUCCCAGUUAUUGUUAAUGGUCAGAAGACACCAGUAACCAAUGUAAAUAAUACUUUGUUUGAUGAAGAAUUUGGAGAAUUUCAAACUAGUCAUUCCAUUGAUUCAUUGAAACCUAUUGAAUUUCCCAAUGCAUUUACUCAUUCUAAUUCAUUAUUGCCUUCAUCAAAUAAUCAUGCACCAAAAUCAUCAUCGUCAUCAUCAACAGAGAAAAUUAUUUCUUAUGAUCUUGAUCCAAUCAAUAUACAGUGUGAAACAAAUUCAUCAGAAUCUCUACGUGGACAAUGGCUUUGUUGUUUAAAUAUGUGUUUGAAAGUAUUCAAUCAAUCCAUUUCAGUUUUAUCAUCACUUGAAACACCUAAGGAUCGUAAAGAAUUUGCUGAAAGUGAAGAAGGAUCUGAUUUCUUAUUAGAUAUUACUGAAAUCUACUUAAUGACAAGACGGAUUAACCUGUCAGCUAGAAAAUACAGUAUACUCAAUCCAUCUAUGCAACAAGAAUUUUCGGAUGUUGAGAAUUCAUUUCGUAAAUUAGCGUCAUAUGCUGUUACAAGCGAUCUAAAGAGUAAAAUUGAUCAAGCUUUGAAAUCGAUCACAAUAUUAGAAAGUGAAAAUAUGAUUCAAGAUUUUAUGAAUGCCAGUUCCCGUAUUGUGGAGUAUGUCUUUCAUCAAUCAAUCCAACUGAUGGCCAAUGCAUUAAUAAUCCUGUCAACGAAUCAUCGAUAUCCUCUUCUUCUCCUCUGCUUCGCCUUCUCCUCUUCAACACUCUAAUGGUCAUAAAAGACAAAAACACUUAAAUCACUGUUUAGCACAUAUUAAUCUAGCCGGCUGUUAUUAUCAUAUUCCAUGUGCUAAUUUUUGGAUGAAUUGUGUUGAACUGUGUUUACCUGCUCUUAAAUUACCCUCAGUAUGCAUAUGAUUAACCUAACAUCUAACUUGCCUUUUCUCCUCUCUCCUGUCCAGUGUUUAAAGUCUCUUCUGUGAAUAUCAUAUCUUUCGUGCAUCGGUGUAUUUUUACACAAUGUGCAACCGAUUGUGUAGCAAGCAUUUGAUAUCUUUUGUGUAAUACUACUUAUUAUUAUUAUUAUUUUUGAUGCUUUUCACGUUUAUUUUCUAUUCCGAAAAGUCUUUAUUGACUAAUUAGCCAUGUUAUCUAUCCACUUCAUGUUGUUUUUGUUGCUGCUGUUGUCUUCACUGGUAUUGUCACUUUUGUCAAUUAUUUCUUCAUCCUGUCCAUUAUGACUUAUAUUAUUGUGAUUAUUACAGAUAUCUGUGAUGUAAUAAAGUAUUGUCUGUGACCUACACCGAUUUCUUUUUCUCUCAUUCCGUGUGUGAUUGAGUACGCGAAUGGUUUUAAUUUGCAUUUCUGUAGUGUUAUUUGCCAAGAUAUUCUUUUAUGGGUUUGCACAUAC